AUGGCCGCCGCAGCCACUCCUGCUGCCGACAUGAUCCCCCAAUUAGAGGCGGCGCGUAAACUCGCUCUUGGGGAUCCUCAGGUGUACAACCAAGUCCUCCCGGGCAUUCUACCCAUCAUCGGUCCAAAUGCCCACCUUGAAGUGAGAAGAUGGGGCGCAGACUUCCUGGCCGAAGCCUUUGCCAGUCCCUCCGUGCCCCCUCAUCAAAAGGAGCAAUUAUCCAUCGAAGUUAUACCAACCUUGCGAGGCAUUUUAGAAAAUCAGCAUGAGGAUGUGUCCGUGGUCAGAAGCGCUGUUCAAGCUGCAGCUAGUUUAUAUCCACUGGUCUUCAGACGAAUCAUCUCCCGCCCCAAUGAGGCCUCUCUGUGGCAGGAUUUAAGCUCCAUCAAACUCAACAUUCUGCAACGCAUGGAUUCAGCCCCUCCCGCUAUCAGAAUAUGCUCUAUCAAAUUUGUUCAAAAAGUCGUCCAAGUAGAAACCCCAGGCCUAAUCGCUGAUCCUAGACGUCCCGACCAGAACGAAACGUCUAUUGCCCUCGUCCCUCGAAAUCACCCUUUGCUACAAUUACCUAAUUUGGAGGCCGAAGCGUCUGGCCUGUUGGAUAGAUUGCUUAGUGUAUUUCAAGAGAAUUCAACGUACGCAAUGAAAGCCACCGCCGGUUUGGAGACUAACGUACUCAGGGACCCCAUUAUUGUUGACGCAACGCUGAAUUGCCUGGCGCUUCUCAUCCGAACUCGGCCCCCGAUUGCUACAAAGAUCAUCUCAGCGAUUUUAAACUUCAACCCUCUGAAGCAAGCAAACUCACCCAUGACUCCCAAAAUCCUGGUCAUGAUUAGAUCCAUGGAGAGGACAACUAGGGCUCUGUUAAGAUGGGUACUACGCGCCGUACCAAAUCACCCAAUGGAGCAAAAGAUCCAGCAGUACUUAAUGCGACUUCAACAAUCACGCACCGCAGUUUUCUCCGACAGUACUGCCCAGAAGCGUCCUGCUGAGCCAACAGACGGUUUUGAUGAUGCCAAGAGGCAAAGACUCAUGGACGGCCAACGCAAUUAUCCCGCUAUGCCACCGCCCCCGAACUCAUUUGCUCAACUUUUCACCCUGACUGAGGAUCCCAAUCUCAAACAAUUUGAUGUAACACUACUUCCGGCUGAUAUCGUUAGUGACGUUACAGCAGUAUUCUUGCAGCAUGUUGAUUCAACUUCGUUGGAUCUCGCCAUUGAAGCAAUUCGCGCAAGAUAUGCACACCUUCAAAAGGUCACUCAACCAACUCCCGUUCCAGAAAUCCCUAUGGCUGGACCUACGGGCAUUGAUGACGAAGACGACUAUGACCCUGAAUUUGUCGCUAGCGCGGACUCGGGGAUGGAUGCCGCAUCUGGAAAGGCCAUUGAUGAAUUAAUCCAACCUGCCAUCGAUCUGGGUCCAUUCGAGUUGCCCAAACCCCCUCCUUUGACUACUGAUGAAGUUGCGGUCGUAUCAGAUCAGAGCAUUGCUCAUGUUGUCCAGCUCAUUGCAUCUCUCGACAAUAGGGAGCAGCUACAAGUCAGGCAGAAGCCAGGCUUCAAUCGACUGGCUGCAAGCGGAAAUGACAGGGAUUCCUGGGCAACCAUUCUAAUCCGCCUCGCAACCCGUGCCCCCUCCGGCCUGGACGAUCUCGCAAACAGCUUAUUGGAUGAUCCGGACAGCAACAAGGUGAUCAAAUCAGAAAACCACAAUGUUGAAGAGCCAAAUACUGCAAACCGCAUUCGGCAGACACUCUUCAUGUACAUUCUUGAUGACUUCCGACAACGGCUGAAUCUCGCUAUAUCUUGGUUGACCGAGGAGUGGUAUGCAGAUAAGCUGACGGCAAAAGUACGGCCUGAGCUCAAACACUUACCCAACUAUUCUCGCUGGGUCAACCGCGUCAUCGACCGACUACUCCCCUACCUCGACGCGCGAGACAAAAACCUCCUGAUCCGAUUUCUAUCCGAAAUUCCAUCUAUCGACCGUGAGAUUCUGGAUAGGAUCAAGACGCUAUCGCGAGAUCCAGAGCGUAUCAGCAUGUGCAUUUUAUCGAUGCAGUACCUGUUGAUGAUGCGGCCUCCGACACGGGAUAUGGUGUUGGACACGAUAGAGACGAUUUGGCAUGAGGGCGACGCACAGGCGAAGAGUGCCACGGUGAAAGUCCUCACCAAGUGGAGGCCAGGGUUCCUGGAGAAGAACACCGAAGGGAAGAAAGAGGAACCUGCGAUUGCCUCCAAGACCGAGAAUCACAUGAAGGGGGCUCCGGGAGCGAAUGGCGUGAAAAGCCCACCGUCAGCUUCAGGGCCACUGGUGGAUCCACGAAAGCGGAAAGCGAGGUCGACCAUCACUGCAUGA